AAUUUCUUUUUCGUGUUUCGUGAAAAAAAUUUUCGUUCCUAUUUUUCUAAAUUGUGCUAAAAGUGUAAAGUGAAGUGUAUUUUCGUUGAAAUUAUAUUAAAUUUCUCUAUAACGAGAAUUUAUAAGUGCUAAUCUUAUACUUGUGUAUUGGCAAAGUGAAGGAAUUGCACAUACAAAUGGAAUUACACUGAAUUGUAUUCGGGGAAGUUGUGACGACUUUGUUCAUGAUUAUUCUCCUCACACACACACACACUCCCUUCCCUGUUAAUGGUAAUUGCAUUUUAGCCAAAACUCCUUAGCCUCUACCCUUAGUUUUGAAAUGAAAGUUUAAGAAUAUCUGGAUUUGCUCUGGUUGACCCUGUUCCCAGUAGCUUUGCGUUUAAUAAUAUACAUAUACGCUUACGUUUUCACGUUCGCAGGUAGUUCGUCCAUCUGCUAAAUACCUGUUCUAUAGCAGUCGGGAGAUUCAAUUUUUUUGUCAAAAUGAGUAGUGGCGGUGCUUCAGCUGGGCCUGGGCCUUCUGAUAAGGACAAAGAUUCACAUUGGUACUUCAGCGCUGAACAGCUAUCGAACUCACCAAGUCGACGACAAGGAAUCGAUCCAGAUGCCGAACUCUCAUAUCGCCAAAUGACUGCAUAUCUUAUUCAAGAAAUGGGACAGCGUCUGCAGGUCUCACAGCUUUGCAUAAAUACUGCCAUUGUGUAUAUGCAUCGUUUCUAUGCCUUCCAUUCCUUCACUCAUUUCCAUCGCAAUAACAUUGCGGCAGCGAGUUUAUUCUUAGCUGCUAAGGUCGAAGAGCAGCCUCGAAAGCUUGAACAUGUUAUAAAGGCUGCUAACAAGUGCCUUGGCCAGUCAACAUCCUCCACUGCAGACGCGUAUUAUAUAGAACAAGCGCAAGAGCUGGUAUUUAAUGAAAAUGUACUGCUACAAACUCUUGGGUUUGAUGUUGCUAUUGACCAUCCCCACACUCACGUAGUAAAAACUUGUCAUUUGGUUAAAGCCUGCAAGGACCUAGCACAGACUUCUUAUUUUCUGGCUUCUAAUAGCCUUCAUCUGACAUCUAUGUGCCUACAAUACAAACCGACUGUAGUUGCUUGUUUCUGUAUCUACUUGGCUUGUAAGUGGUCACGAUGGGAGAUUCCACAAUCAACGGAAGGCAAACAUUGGUUCCAUUAUGUAGAUAAAACUGUGACUAUGGAUCUUCUAAAGCAAUUGACGGAAGAGUUCAUAGCAAUUUACGAAAAGAGUCCAUCGCGUCUCAAAUCCAAAUUGAACUCAAUAAAAGCUCUUGCUCAAAAUGCAAGCAACCGCGUAAUCAAUAAGGAGAAGAAAGGUGCAGCCGAAGAGUGGAAAAUGGGGGAUAUGAUGAAAAUGUAUGCACACGAUGGUAGUGUUGGUAGCAAUAGUAGUAACAGUAAUCAGCCUUAUGCUACGACCUCUUUAAGCGGUGAUUCCACUCAGCAAUCCUCCGCAUUGUUGCCGCCACCACCACCACAGCCGCAGUUGUCGCGUAAAGGUGAUUUGCAUUCCAGCCAACACCGUUCCCAUCACAAUUCGACGUCUCAUCAUUCGAAAAUUAAUUUUCCCCCUACGGAUGUUCUUGACCAUAAAAGCAGUCACAAACAACCGCCGUUUAGUGGAGUUGUUAGCCGCCCACGUGAUCACUCACAAUCGUCUCAAGGCCAUCAACAAGCAAUGGUUCCAGGCAGUUCGUCACGAUCCGGUCUUCCAUCAUCCAGCGGACGAUCUCUGAGCAGUAUACCUGGUCAAAGUGUGCAACGACAGACUUUACAAGGUCAUCAAUUAGAUGUGAACUAUCAUAAAUCUCGUGAUAAGAGUAACAUUGUGGGUUCAUAUCCACAUAAUGCGUCAUCGCAAUCGCAUGCUGGGCAUAAGGUGUCGCAAAAACAAGACCCAAAUCGAGUGAUACAGAAGGAGCAGGCUGCUGGCAAAAUGCCCGAACCUGGAAAAGGCGCCAGUAGUAGUAGUAGUAGUAGUAGCAGUAAUAAACUAUUCCCACCUACUUCCUCAAUGGCGACCAUGCCACAAUAUGGUAGCAACCCGUCACAGUUGCAAAGCAAAUUGGAUAUGGGUCAAGAUAUGUCACGUAAUAUAAUGCAUGGUCAACGUUCUUAUGGGGUUAACAAUGGGUCUGGUAAUGUGCCGAUAUUGGGUAGUUAUCAGCCACCGCACGUACGGCAGAGUAGUAAUAGCGCUAGUAACAAUGGCAAACAUGAUUUAUCGAAACCCGCAUCCGUCCACCUUCAACAGCAUGGUAAACAGCCAACUAUUCCAACAGAAUCAGUGUACAACGCUGGCACGCAUGACGUUCAGCAAACAGCUGCACAUGUACAAUCACAUCCGAAUGCUGGUUAUAUGAUUCCACGGCCGCCAGAGGGUUCACACAACGAAGAGGCCAAUUCCACACAGUUACCGUCAGUGCAUGCGAUGCUGCAACAGCCAACGAACGCUAACCAAACAAAGACCUCUAUGUUUAGCCCCGACUGGAGUCAACAACAGCAACAGCAACAAACACAGUUAAUGUCUUCAAAUACUUAUGUUAAUAAUAACAUGUCAACAGCCGCUGUGGGCGAUGCAUAUAAUUAUAAAAUGCCAUCUAGCAAGGAGGGAGGAGAGCGAGAGAAAAACGAUCGCGAUCGUAUGGACGCUAAUGCGACAGCACCUAAGAAAGACCGUAACCGCGGAGCACAUCCUGGAAUGGAUAUUACGAGUUCAAUGCUUAUGAGUGUACGACCAAAUACUUCGCAGACACAGUUUCACCAACAGUUACAACAGCAACAACAACAACAACAACCGUCUUUAAAAAUAAGCAUGCCAAAGAAAUCAGACUCGAGCAUUAUCGGUGAACUUACUGGUAUGAAUGCCGGUAUCAAACGUCCCAAUGAAGGUGCCUACAAACAAGAGGAGGAACAAAAUAAAAUUCGGAAACUUGAUACUCAACCUACAUUGUCUUCGUAUAAUGAAUCCAAAGCAGGAGAUAGUAACAAACUGCAUGUGGUAAAUGGAAUAGAAACUAAUCCUGACAUGGUGAGGAGUUUGUUAAAAGAAAGUCUUUGCCCUUCCAAUGCUCUCUUGAAAACGGAACAAUUGGGAGCACUUAGUCUGCAACCACCAGCUGAACUUUUCGAACCAUCCGUACUAACCUCGGCUCCGGAUGUAACCGUUGCAUCGGCUGAGACGUCGCUAAAAUCGACAAGCCAAAGUAGUGGAACUGAGCCAUCAUCUAUGGAAAUCAAUGAUGCUGGCAGUAAUAAAGCAGAAAAGAAAAAGAAAAAAGACAAGCAUAAACAUAAAGAGAAGGAUAAGUCGAAAGAUCGCGAAGAGCGUAAAAAGCAUAAAAAAGAUAAAGACAAGCACAAGGAACGUGAUCGGAGCGAAUCAGAAAGUGCCGGACAUGUAAAGAUUAAAAUAUCGAAAGAUAAAAUUGAAGGAACUGCCGAAUGUUUAAAAAUCAAAAUACCAAAAGAACGUAUAAUAAGUGAUGUGAACAACAGUACGAGCAGUGCUAACAAUAGCUCCACAGAUAGCGGUAGCAAUAUGCAUCCGGCACCAGCGUUAAAGAUUAAAAUCAGCAAAGAUAAAUUGGAAAACUAUGCGACAGACUCCUCGACACACACAACUUUACAACAAGCGCAGGCGCUGACACAAACGGCAGCUGGCUUCUAUUCGUCCUUCGUAACACCCAAUAAUGCAACGACAACCACGUCACAUAGUAGUAGUGGUGGUAGCAGUAGUAGUGGGAAAAAGAAAGACCGGGAUCGUGACAAGGAUCGCGAGCGAGAGAAAGACAAAAAACGGGCUAGCAAUGAGGGCAUUAAAUCGAAUGGAAGUGGUUCAUUCCAUUCGGCAAUGAUGUUACAAGGCGGUACAGGGGGUUCACUGCUUUCACAUCCGCCACCAACAGCUGUCGUGACGCCGAAAAGCCAAAACGUCAACAAGAUGCAACUCUUAUCGAAUAAUAUGAAUCAGCUCUUCGGAGAGUCGAAUGAUGAUGAUGAUGAUGACUAUGAUGAUAAUCAAAGUGUUAAUCAAAAAAAUUAUAAGGAUUAUCAUAAAAACAGAGUUAAUAACACGGACUCCUCGUUCGCAUACGCAUCCACAUCCAACAACUCUGCGGGUUCUGUACGUAAAAACACCGAUUACGGGCAAAAAUAUUCGCAAUCACAUCAUAUGCAACGAUGAUAAAUGCAAUCAUCACGUAAAAUUGUUUUAAAAGAGGCGUUACACUUGGCAGGACUGGCAUAUACAUGCUGCACAUACAUACAUAAGUUGGCUUGCAAAAUAUUUCACACACUUUACGUACAUUAAGCUGCUACAUACGUAUAAGAAAACAAACGAAUAAAUUCUACAAAAACAAAAACAAAAAAAAGUAAACUUUAUAAAAACGUAGAGAAUUUUUAAUUUAAUGUUCGGCCAAGGCACUAACUUCGCCAUGAAAUAAAAACACAGUGAAAACAACAAUAUUCACACAUCAUUUCAUUGCUACAUGAGAUAUAGAUAUUGCGUUAUGGCGUUAUGGCGUCCCAUUGACGCACGCAAAUUCGAUUGACGCAUUUACUACUUAAAUUAUUAAUUACGCUGGAGUAAAGGCAAAUCAAUUUCAUUUAGAAACAGUGCGGUUCCUCUACGUUGUAAUAUUGUUUCAGAAACAUGUAAACAACAACAACAAACUAUUGCGAAAAUAGUUUGGCGCACGGAAGUGAAAGUGUUUUGAAAAGUGUUUAUAGUUGCUAAUUCUCAUGCGUAAUGAGAUGGAAAACCAUAAAGAAUCUCGCAUGUAAAUAUACACCGGAAGAACGUAUUUAGUAUUUGAGCGAAUCUGCAGAGCACGCGCGUAUAAGCAAAUAACUAAACAUACAUACGAGUAUAUAAACAACGUUAAUACUGGCCUAAUUUACUUUCACUUUCGUUUUUAGUGAAGCUACGUUUGUAUUUUUUUUUUUAAUUUUUUUUUUUUUGGUUUUUUGAUAUUAAUAAAAUGUUUGAGUGAAGAAUUUUAACAAUUGUAGCAAUUGUUGCUUUAUAAUACUUAGCAUUUUUAAUAAUUUCGUAUAAUAAAUGUAAAAUAUAUGAAUUUUCUAUUCUUGAAAAAGUUGUGUAAAACUAAUUGCAUUGAAAAUUUUUCUUUGAUUAGCAACUGUUUAACAGAAUUCCUGUAUACCUGAAAAAUGUAAAAAAAAAUUCAAACAUGAAAAUAAUAAUUUAUUGCGCUAAUAUGUCUGAAUUUAGAAAAUAUGCUCAUUUUGCAAUGUAAGCGUUUGUUUCAUAUGCAGCAGCACACGGCAAUAGUGUUGGAAAUAUAUUAUUUUAUAUUUUUAACUUUUAUGCGGGCAAUCAAUGGUAUGCACAUACAUACAUACAUAUAUAGAAAUAUAUGUUGUUGUAAUGGGCAUAAUUAGUGAAAUGGCGCACGUAUUCGGAUGCAAUGUUUGAAUGCUGUCGGCGCUCUUCGGUAUUCUGCUAUACACUAAAGUAUUAAAGAAUUUAGUGUUUAUGGACAACAUGAAAGUUUUUCUAUUUUUUUCGAAAAAUAUAAGUUUUUUUUUCAAAAUAUAAAUUUUAUUUUUUUUUUGAAAAAUUUUUUUUCGAGUUUUUUUUUUUUCAAAAAUAAAAGUGUUUUUGCAUUAGCAUCUUUUCAAGUUUAAUAUAAUCUUAUAGCAUUUAAAUAAACUUAAGUUAGCUACUAGUUAGAAUAAAGCAAUUUGAUAUUUUGUUUUUUGCUUUUCAUUUUUUUUAUUUUUUUCAUUUUGCUACAACAGUGAUGAAUGCAAUAUUUUUUAAUUCAAAUCUCUGUUGUUUGCAAUUUUGAUAAAAAAAAAAUUUUGGCGAUCGCAAUUUUAACAGCAUACUUUCAGCCAACAUACGUAACGGGCUUAUGUGUGGCAAAUACAUAUUUUGCAUUAUGUCUGUUAAUGCUGCAUUAAACUCUGCCUUGGAAUGCAUGAGAAAGUUGAAAUGACUAGUUUUACAUUUUAUACUUAAUGCUGAACUGUCACACGUGAUCAAACGUCCACACAACAAUAUUCACACAAACAUAUUUCAGCCAUACAUAAAUGGGCCCACACUAAAGUUUGUGUGUAUCCUCGUUUGUGUAUAUAUUCACAUACGCCUACCACAUAUAUAUACAUAUAUACUUAUACGUACAUAUGUACGUUUAUUACAAGUAAUACAGAACUCCCAAAUACGGUCAUCGUAAGUUUAACUAAAUAAGUAGCAAUUGAAAACAAGUAAAACACAUAAAUACCAUGUGUAAGCAUACAUAUGUACAUAUGUAUGAGCAGAAACCAACAAAAGCCAACACAAACAAUUUAAUUUAUAAUUAACAAAUGGUAAGCAGCUGUUAGCGUUUCAAACUAACAUUAAUUUCAUUGCAAUCUAUUUGCAGUUACAAAAUCUAAGAGAUCGAUUAUUGAAAUAUUUUCCAAGCCGUUAAAUAAAUUCUAUUUAAGCACGGACAAAGGUUUUAAGCGAAAAUUAAGUAUUGUUGUAUAUAAAAAUUAGAAAUACAAAAACACUAUAUGGAACAAUUGUAUUGGAUGCUAAAAAUAGAAAGAAAAAAAAACAAAAACAAACAA